CGAGGUGUGUGGGUCUGACGUCAUACGAAGGCGGAAGUUUAAAACUGUUGGCGCUAACGUUACUGUUGCUGUCAUUUCUUCACCAGUUUAACUUCAGCAAACACCUGAAUCAGUCCACACCGUUAUCAACACAGUCAUGUGAACAGGAAUGGAGCCAGAUAUAUCAGCGGAGUUUCAGCCACCUGCACUCCAAAGUUUUGGGCUUUUUAAAAACAAUGGUGCCAGUGUUUUACAAGUGGAGUCUCUGUUGAGCCAGUCAAAACAAACUCCAGCAUCAACAGGAGCAUCUGCUCUCUUUACAGGGACCCAUGAUGCCUGCCCUCAGCAAAGAUUUCACACCCUUACACUGGACGAAUUGAGUGAAGAACUCGAUAGGCGCACCAAGGAAACCCAGAGGCUUCAGGAGGAGGUGGAAUAUGCAACCAAAGUUACUUUGGAGAGAUUUGGAUGCACAUAUGGCAUCCACAGCUCACCUGGACAAAGAUACCACAACCACAGCUUUAAUGUCCAUGACUCACCUGGGGAUUCCUCUAUUCCUUCAACCCACCAGCAGGCAGUGACUCAGCCUCUGGUCUGUGGUCUGGGUAGUUUAAGCCAAACUGGAGCCCAAAGAGAUAUCUGUUCUCCAAGAGAAGAAGUGUUUGAAAAUGUAAUAGAUGACUGUUUGCAACAGCUGUCUGACUUGCAGCUCAACAAGACUCCUGAUCCCCCCAAACAAGAGACGUUCAGUGUGGACAAAGCCGUUGUGAACCUGCAGACUAAAUUACAUAGAGUCCAGUUGGAGAGGGACGUACAGUCUGACCUCAGAUUGAAGGACUCGAGGACACAUGUGUUUCAGAUGGAAAAGAUGCUCCACAUGCUGGAGGAGCUGCAAAAGAUCAAGAGGGCGGGGGACCAGAAGCUGCAGGAGACGGAGGAAGAGACGCUGGCCCUUAACGAGAAAGUAGCAACACUGGAAAGAAAUGUAAAGGAGAUGUACGAUGCAAUAUUAUCUAAUGAUAAACAAAGGGGACAAGAUACCAUCAAAAGUCCUGACACAGCCUUUGUUUCAAGUCAACUGAACCAGGCUGCCGAUUUAACCGAAUAUUUAAACAACGUAACAAACAAGCUACAGGAGAGACCAUUUUUGACACAAGAACAUCUGGGGAGUGAAGAAAGCAGAGGAGCAAAUAAGCCAAAAGAAAGAAUUGAAGACCUGAUUGCAGGUCUUGGCCAGGAGAUGGUGCUGUUGACUGACAAACUGAGCUCGUCAAAACACGACAGCAUCAGUUUGAGUGUCAAACUGGAGAUGUUAAAGGGGCUUGCAGAGAGACAGACAUCACUGCACCAGUGUCAGGUCUGUGACCUUGAGUCUGCCAUCUGCAGCCAUAAAGAUAAGGUGUGUUGUCUGGAACAGCAGCUCGUUCAGGCUCAGUCCCAGCUGGUGGAUGCCCAAAGAGAGAGAGAGAGAUCUUUACUACAAGCAGAGGAGCUUCAGUCCCAAAUCUGCCAACUUCAGAGGUGCGGUGAUCAGCAGCAGUGUGAGCUCCAGGAGGAGGUGAAGGUCCUGAGAGGACAGCUGGAGGCAGCCAGGGAGCAGCUUAGGAGAGGUGGGGAGGAAAAAUCCUGCCUAGAGGCCCUGCUGGAGCAGAGGGCUCAGGAGGGGAGGAAAUCCCAGGAACUCCUGAGGGAGAAAACCAAGGAACUCCAGCACAGGCAGCAAGAAUCCCAGCAGUAUCUUGUCAGGCUCGAUGUGGCUCAGAGACAGUGCCAGAUCCUGCAGGCGGAAGAACAGACCCUGAGGCUGCAGCUGGAUGACCGUGAGAGGAUGCUUGACGAUUUGAGGUUAGAGAUGGAAAGUAGCAUCCAGAUGUCAGUGCAGCACAGCCGGGCCAUCAACAACCUUCACCAAGAGAACAGCCUUCUUAGCAACCAGCUGAACCAACACAAGCAGGAGAUGGAGCAGCGCAGGGCAGAAUUAGAGCAGAAUAAGUUAGACCUGGCUGCUGCUGAUCAGGAGAGACGGCGACUACAGGUCUCAGUGGAAGAACAAAGACAGCGAGUUCAGGAGGAAACUCUAAAGAAACAGCAGCUCACUUCCCAGCUGGAAGUCCAGCACAUGCAGUUCCUCACCCUCACUGAGGAGCACCAGCAGCUGCAACAGCUCCACAUCUGUAAGAGUGAGGAGCACGAGGGUGUGGCGCUGAAGCUUCAGAGUCAGCUAAGGAACACCCAUAAGGAGCUUGACCAGGUCAGGAGCACCCUGAGAACCCUGGAAGGAGCUGAUGGACACGGCCUCCAAGUAGCCAUGGAGAUGCAGAGGAAGAUCACAGUCAGGAGAGAGCAGUUUGACUCUCUGCAGAGCAAAAUCCAACAUUCAGAGGAGACAAUUGAGAAGCUGCAUCAGGAGAAGCGCCAACAGAGCCUCCAGCACCAGCAGCAGCUCCAGGAGCUUACAUUCAUUAGAGAGGAGAAGAGACAACUCCGCAGUGAACUAGAGGCCCUUCACUCAAAUGACAAACAGCUGAGGGAACGGAUUGGCAGGCUGGAGGCAAUCCUUCACAAGAUGUCAGAGAGCUUUGCAGACUGUCAAGACUUCAUCCAGCUGCAGGAGCAGGACUUUAUCCGACUCAAAAUCCAACACACCCUGGACCUGAAGGAGCUACAAGGUCAAAACUUUAUAGCAAAUGUACCUCCAUCUGACCCGGACUCCCCGUCCUCAUCUGCACUCACUGCUCCACCCUCUUCCCAGCAAGCCUUCAACACUCACAUAACGCAGCAGAAAGAGAUCCCCGUCAGGGAGUUCAGGUCUCUCGUCAAAGAUCUGCGAGGGGUGAUUUCAGAGAACCACAGACCACACACAGAACACACCGCCACCCGCAGCAGCUUCCUCAGGAGGAGGUCCGCACCGGAGAAAGAGCACACGACCACAUCAAGUGACAAGGACAAAGCAGUGAGAGCUUCUUCAAGACUAAGAAGAAAAACCUGCGGCAGUGAGCCACAUGUUCUGAAGACGGCUGAGCAGAACGGAAAAACAGUCAACUACAAAUCCUUCCGUGAAAGCUGUGGUAUUUCAAGUCCAGCUGCUGCGGGGAAGUACAGUUCCUCCUCACAGCUCCUCUCACUGGGCCGGAGGUCACCCGUCCACUCUCUCCUGACCUCUGACCCAAACAGCCACCAGUGACCAACACAACAAGACACAACAGACCUGAGGCUGGCUCCUCUUAUCAGGCUACAUUUUUUAUUUUUAAAAGGCUCCCCAGAUGAAGUUGUCAAACAAUUGUUUUAUAAAAACCAACAAUCAGGUGUAUUUCUGUAAUUUAUUUUAAAUAAAUGUUUAAAAUAUUA